UAUUCUGGUAUUGGUUUAGCAUAAACAUCAAUGGAUAGUCCUCUUCGGGACAAACUUUUUCUUGGCCGGCAAUGGGCUUUUGAGCGUUUGUUAGAUCAUUUAGAAAGUCAACCUGUGGAAAGUGUGCGUCGAAGUUCGACUUCCUCCAACAGCAAAAAGCCCGUAGUUUUUAUUUUGGGUGGAUCGGGCUCCGGUAAAACAGCUUUGCUCACCGAAAUAUGCUUCAGCAAAGGACAAGACUCGUACGCUCAGAGGCAAUAUCAACUAAGAAAACGAACACUUGCUUACCACUUCUGUACAUCUCAAACCAAAAAGAGUUUAACGGUGAGUGAUUUCCUCGAUAAUAUUGCUGUUCAGCUCUCGAAAAGCCCUUUUCUCUCCAAAUUAUCGCAUGGAGAAACAAAAUUUAUCCGUCCAUCUGAAGUAGAGCCGGCUCAAUUACUUUAUGACCCGGACUUGGUGUUCCGAGAAAUGAUUUUGAAAAAAAUUUGUGAAGUUAACAAAAGUAGUAACCGUCAUCUUUACCUUGUUGUCGAUGGGCUAGACGAAUGUUACGAAAAGCAGUUAGAAAUUGGUCAGCAGUCUUCCGGAAGUAGAACAAUAGCAGAACUUUUAGCUGCGCACGUAGACCAGCUACCACCUUGGCUCCACAUUCUGACAUCAUCCCGCAGAUGUAGCAAAUCUGUUGUGAAGAUGUUUGCAACCAAUAAAAAAAUUCCAAUUGACGAUCAUAAGAAAGAUCAAAUUAUCAACGACUUCAAAUUAUACAUGCGAGCCUGUUUGCUAAAUGAUGUUCAAGUUAUUGACGAGCAUAAGCAAAAAGACUUCCAAGUCGUUUUCGAAGUACUGCAUGAAAAAAGUAGUGGUUGCUUUUUGUACCUAGAACUGGUAAUCCAAGCUUUAGCGCAGUGUAUUAUAUCAACUAAAGAAAUCAGAAACAUUCCUAACACUCUGAACGGGCUAUACAGUUUUCUGUUCAUGAGAUAUUACCGAAGUCAAUAUGCAGUCCACGCCAACACCGAAGACCUUGAUCUGGCUACGAUGAAACAGAUUCUGUCCGUUUUGGUUGCGUCACAAAUUCCCAUGAGUCGCUUUGACAUUCUGGACGCCUUAGUGACACGGGACUGUAGCAAACCGUAUAAUCCAAAUCACCUGGAGUGGCAGAUCAGGAGUCUGGGAUUCUUCCUCUGGAAAGACGACGGUGUCGGAUAUGAUGAACAGUGCAUCCAAUUGAUGCAUCAUUCUUUUACUUCUUGGAUUACAGAUGUUAAGUUGUGCGGAAAAGAAUUAGCUAUUGAUAUAGGCGAAGGUCAUGCCAUGUUGGCUUUGAGUGCAGCGUGCUUCUACGAUUUGAACCGAGUCACUUCUCACGACAUCAGUGAAAUAGUUUACAAUUUAUCAAGAUCGACUCCUGAGUUUUCGUCGACAAUGGAGGUAGAGCUAAUGGCUCUCUGGGUGCUAUGGAUCGGUUUGGAUGCCGAAAAGUUCAAUUUUCAUGCCACUGCCGAGAGAGACUCUGUGACUGAUCGAAUAUUUGCUUUAGCGUCUGAUCAAUACGAUUCGAUCCAAGACGGAGAUUCGGUCAGCAAUGAGCAAGUGGCUGUUCUCAGUUCGAGGAUCAGUCUACAAGAGGUACUUGAGGUCGAUCAUCACGGCCAAACGUUACUCAUGCGCCAUCUAGCGGCAGGCGGUGGUAAUACGCGGAAACUGAUCGAAAUCGGAAGUAAUAUCAACCAUGAGGAUAUGUCAGGCUGGAGUCCACUGAUAGUAGCUUGCAAGUGUGGAAGUUACGAACCAAUUGAGGUUUUAUUGAAAUCAGGCGCCGAGAUUAACCACAGGGAUUACGAAGGCUGGACGGCGUUGCGAUCGGCUGUCUGGGAAGGCUUCUUCGACGUCGUAUGUCUGUUACUAUCCACAGGAGCACACGUUGAUUUGGAGGACAAUGAUCAAAGGACUCCUCUGAGAGCGGCCGCUUGGAGGGGCUUCGAGGACAUAGCCCGAGUGUUGGUCCAGUAUGGUGCUAAUGUGAACCAGACGGAUAGGUUCGGCCAGACGCCCUUGAAUGCCGCUGCUUACAUGGGCAACUGUGCUAUUGUGGAGUUGCUGCUCUCAAGUGGAGCUAGAGUUGAUCAGACGGACCAAGACGGCAGGACAGCACUCACUAUUGCGUGUCUAUACGAUCAGCACGAAGUUGCAAAGAGACUUCUUGAGGCGGGUGCGGAUGUGAACCACCAGGACAAAGAGAGAAUUUCACCUCUAACAGCUGCUGCCUAUAAAGGAAACGUCGAGACUGCAAAGCUACUGCUCAAAUUCCCAGCCAUUCAGGAUUGUGGUCUGAAUGUGGAGCUAGUAGACAAUGGAGGGAGGACUGCUCUUUUGGCUGCCGCUUCUCAAGGACACCUCGAGCUAGUCAGGCUGCUGAUAGUGGAAGGCGGCGCAAACUGCACUGUGACCGAUCCAGAUGGAAGAAGUCUCCUGUCCGUGUCAUGUGUGCAGGGUAGUCUGGAUCUGGUGCAGUGGGUUCUCAAUAGUGAGUACGACGAGGGAUCCCGAGAUUUCUGUGGAUGGACUCCAAUGCAUGUGGCCGCUUUCGAGGGUCGAGUAGAAGUGUGCAGAGCACUCUCUAAGGCAGGUCUGUCAGUGAAUGACACUGACGACGAGGGUAGAUCCCCUUUGAUCUGUGCCGCCCAAGAAGGACACCUGGAUGUGGUCAAGUUCCUAGUUGCCACAGGGGCAUCCAUUGACCACAUUGCAGCCAACAGUGGUCAGAAUGCACUACGGGUAGCAGCUUUGGAGGCACACGCGAAUGUAGUCGGGUUUCUACUUGAAUCAGGUUCAAAUAUCAAUCUGCGCGACAAAGAUGGAAGAACAACUCUGUAUGUGUUAGCACAAGAAGACAAAUUGGAAAUGGGACAAUUGUUCAUGGAAUGGAGAGCAGAUGUCCACCUGAAGGACUUCGACGGCCGAUCUCCUCUAAUGGUGGCUGCAUGGCAAGGCCACUUCGAAAUGUGUCAGUUUCUGAUUCAGCAUGGAGCUGACAUUAACUGUGUAGAUAUUGAGUCGAGAAGUGUGCUUCAAAUGGCAGCGUGGCAAGGACGAGAGUCGAUCAUUAAGUUGCUGUGUGAAAGUGGAGUGGACAUUAACUCCAUGUGCAGUCAGGGUGCAACUGCACUGACCAUAGCGGCCCAAGAGGGCCAUACUGAGGUCAUAGAGUGUCUGUUGCAGUAUGGAGCUGAUCCACUUCUGCAGGAUAAGCACGGGAGGAGCGCGUACAAAGUGGCGAUGUUGAGUCGCAAUGCGGAAGUGAAGGACUUAAUGGACAGAGCGGUAGAAUUCAACAAUCGCGCAAAGGACGAUGUUGAAAACAACAACUUGAAAAAUGCGAUGAAGCACGAACACUUGCGCAGCGAAACACCGACUAGAAGUGAGCGUAUAUACAGCGCUGCUCCCAUACUUACUCGCGUGAACUCAUUUUUGGCCCAGAAACCCUCUUCGGUUGAUCAAACUUCGGCUUCAAGACUAAGUCAUGGAUCGCCGAGUCCGCCGUGUGUGCCGAAACGCGAACCACCAGUGCCGCCAGCACGACCGCAACACACGCAUGAAAUGUCAUCGGGAAAUAACAUGAAUAUGCGAAGUAUAGUGAACAAUGGGUGUGAAAUGGGGAUGAAUACAGACGGGAAUAGUGGUAAUGAGUUGAAAGCGACUCCUAGUUUAUCUUCGGGCAGCAGUCCCUUCUCAUCCUCGGAUAAUGGGAGUGGAGAAGAGAGGGAUCUAAUGAGAGACAAAUUUGAACAGCUCAGAGUCACGUCAUCAACUUCAGUAGAACCAUGCGACGGCGCAUCUAAUGUACUAGCGACACAACAGUAUCGUACAAAUAGCUUUGUGAGUAGCAACGGAAACAGUGCUGCUGUUAGCAACAUUAGAAAUAGAUUAGCAGCAACGAGUGGGAUCCCAGAUACAAUAUUCACCAACGGAACUACAACUGGUAAUAACUUAGCUAUGAGUGAUAAUAAUAGUAGCACUAGUAGUAAUAUCCACCCGAGUAACUAUAUCAAUAGUCACAACCACCACCACCAUCAGCACCAACCUCAACACGAGUAUCCAAACCUGAUGACAUCUUUCAAUUCCGCCUCACUAUCACAGAUAGCAAAUCAGCAGUUACCAUUCCACCAGAUUCAACCUAACCACCACCAAUUUCAACCAACUAAUCAGCUUCAACAGAGGCCAGUUCAGCCUUCUCCGCUACCCCAGAGAAUAGACAAUGCAAAUAAUACAGUCAUGUCAUCGUGGACUAAUAUUAGCAACUCACAGACGCCUGUUCAAGGAGGCAGUACGAGUAAUGUGGUCACGGCGAUGAGUAUAGCGUCAGCAUCCGCUCAAGUUCAAAGGAAGCCAGACAACCCGAUGUAUAUUGACGUGAGGCAACUGCAAAAGAGCAUUCUGAUGCAGGCUAGAAAGCAAGAAUUAGAAGACAGAGAGAAAAAGAACAAAAAGAGAAGAAAGCGGAACCUUUUCGCAAAGAUCCACGGGCUCCUGUCUUUUGGAAAAGCCUCAAGUAAAGUCCAAGACGAGUCUGAUAGAAGUGGUAAUAAAAAUACGGCAAGUUCUGUCCUCUCUGAUGACGAGUUCUCAGUGUCUGCUUUUGCCAACAGCACGUGUAAUACUCCGAGAGCAGAUCAAUUUACUAAUGUUAACCAAUUUUCAUUUGCGUCUCCGAUUGAUCAAAGAAAACUCGACUGUAGAGUUGGGGAUUUCGCUAGGAAUAGUCAAAAGAAAUCAGCCUCCUCUGAUAAUUCAAUAUCAGAUAAGAAGUCUGCAGAUUAUAGGAGACUGGUAGAUCUCAGUCAUUUGAAAAACGUGGAUCCACUAACGUCAAGGUCUUUUAGGAAUUACGACCGACUAGGUGCUAUAAAAGCGGCAAAGGCUCAGAAACAGCAGCUCCAGGGAGGAAAACAGAGGAACUAUGUGCCUCUGACAUUCCAAAGCGGAAAUCAAUCAAACGUGCAGCCUAAUUUAAUUCCAGGAAGCCAAAUGAUGGCCAGUAGCAUCAGGUAUACCCCAGACCCAAAUACGAUUGCUGCUUCCAAUCCUAAGAAGAGCUAUUAUAUUUCACUAGCCGAGAUUAAGAAGGCGCCUUCUAGAAAACCGCCACAGGUUCCUGAAGAUGCAUCAAAGUGGUUCCAACCACGAGGCAAUAAGCCACCGGAAGUUCCGUCGAGGAACCCAAAACAGCUGAGCAAUGUUUUCGAACACGUGAAUGGAAUGUCCAAAGUAGUUGCGCAAAUUCCUAUUCCAGGUCACUUCGUGCCAAAUUUCCAUGACUUGCAAGGAGGCAGCAUCUAUGUCCAAUCGUCUUCUAAAGGAAUGCCGGGCGCAAAUCUUCAACAGCAGAUGAGAACUACUUCCAAUUCAGGCGCCGGUGCGUUGAGGAAUUAUGUGAACCAGCACGAACUGGCUAGCAGGUUCCAAGGGAGAUUCGGCAAUCCAAGAACAUUGGAGACUAUCGAAGAGCCCACUGGAAUGACUCUAGAAAGUCGCACUAGUGCUGGGGCAACGUGAAAUGUGAAAUCUUGGCGGACACUCAAAAAAGCAGUAUUCUGUUGAUUUAAUUCGGCAGCCACCUAUUUAGAUUAACUUUUAUAUAGAUUAAAUUUUGUAGCUAUAUUAAGUCAGAUAUUGAUCGCUAUUUGUCAAAAUUUUUAUCCCUUAUUUUGUGAAACAUUAUUGUUUUAGUAUAACACUUAAGUUAAAAAAAUGCUUUGUUCUAUUUUUUGA